AUGGCACCCCCAACUGGACCUACUGCUAUCGAAUGGGAGCAACAGCGGCCCUCCAUCACCAAGUUGUACUUCGAGCAGAACAAGCCUCUGAAAGAAGUCCGAGAGAUACUUGCCCACAAGCACAACUUCCAUGCCUCUGAGAGGAUGUACAAGGACCGUGUUCGGCUCUGGCGUCUUAACAAACAUAACAAAGCGAGUGAAAUCCAAGCUGCGUUGCGACUGGCACUCGAGCGAGAAAGAAGCGGAUUGACUCCAGUACCCGGCUUUCAGCUCGGAUCGCGCUAUGUCACAUCGGCUGAAAUCGAUCGUUAUCUUCGCCGGAAGCGUAUCAAAAACCCGUGGGAAUGGGCUCUGGAGAGUCAGCAGACGGCCCAGACCCAGACCUUACGGCCAUCCACAGACUUGGGAUUUAUGUAUGAGCGAUCGGAACGGAGUCUGGCUACUACGAACAUUGAAGCAAUGAACCCGAUUCUCAGUCCUAUCAUCCCAUUCUCCCUUACGCCAAGACAAGAAGAUUUGACUAUCGAGAUGGUGCACAGAACAGUACAUGCUUACCGCGACUCGAAGUGCCCCUUACUACGGAUUAUUGAAGGGAGAAAUUAUUGUGAUCACGUCAUGGUCUACCCCGAGGAAUCUCACUGGUCCCUGUCUAUUGGUGUAGUAAAUUUGCGAAUGAGGAAAUACACACAAGCCGUUUCAUGUUUGGAUCAAACAUUUAACUCUAUCAGACCUUUACUACAACAGGACGAUGUGCAUAUGAUGCAAACAUUAUUCGGACAUAUGAUGAUCUUGGCUAGAGCAGGAGUCGGAGACUUGACAUUUCAGUUCUUGAGCUAUCUGGCCUCAAUGUCCACCAUCGUCCUCGGACAUCAACACCCGAUCCCGGUUGUGGCAAACAUCUUGAUCAAAUCUCCUCCGCAGCUCCUGCACCGUGUUAUCGAAUUCGGAAUACGCAGCCUCGGGCUACUAACACAGCCGGUUAUAAUCCCACCAUCUGGGCCCUCAGCCGAACCAGACGGCCAAAUGUGGAUAGAAGCCGCCAGAUUAAUCACUUGGCCAGUCAACAUUCUCGCACUCCUGGAAAGGAGACCAGAGCCACGUAGUUACGUGGAGUGGAAGGGCAUUGAAAACGAUGCCGCUUCUUGCCUUGGCAAGUUAGCAGAAUUCUCCAUUGGAUGA